AGGGUCGAGCUUCGGCUCCCACCCCUCCACGCCAGUGGACAGGUGGAACCUCUUUUCUUUUCCCCCCUAGCUGGUUUUAAAAGUACUUGCCAGUAGCUCCACACUGUUUAAACGGCAUCAAGAAAACUUACCUUCAUUGUAUGUCUACGAUGCACGACACUGCAACGCCCCUAUUUUCGUAGUGACUAUUGCAGCUCUUUGUUGAUUGCCGCUCGCGAAAAAGGAUUUAUCUCUCUUCCUCGUCCCGCACAACGAAGAACCCGUUCAGAAAAAAGAAAAAGGCAUCAUGGUCGAACAAAAUUUCGCAAAGCCGGCGGUGCAGGUACCACAAGGGGCGGAACAGCCGCCGCCAGCCGCAGAUGUCCAGAGCGAUCCCUCGUGGGAUGGGGACCGGCCGCUGUACCAGAUGGGGGAGAACCUCCCGCACCUGCCGAGUUUCAUGCCCAAAAUAUUGAUGGACGAGGUCCGCGUGCACACGAAUCGCUCCGUCGUCACGGUGAGCCAAGCGGCCAGCGAGGCGGGCGAGUCGUUUUCCGCUUACAACGCGAUUGCGGAUAAGGUGGUGCUCCUCCGGGCCACGCUCGCCUACUCCUCCAGCCUCUGCUGGGCCAACCGCGGGUUUUGCAUCCCGGCCAUUUUUGUGUACUUCAUCAUCGUCGCGCGCUGCGCGUCGGCGAUCGAGAACGAGGGCCAGGGUGAGUCCUGGGACGCGCUGCUGGAAACCUGCUCUGAGUGGGGGCAGCGCGGCGGCGACUACGCGCCGGCCAUGCUGUCGACCAUCCUGCCCAUCUUCCUCGUGGUGUUCUACGUCAACGCUGCGAUCAAAAGGUAUUCGUGUGGUCCAUGUUGCUUGUAGCAGAUGAGAAUGAUUUUCAACCUUCGCUCCUAGGAGUACUUACUUCUUAUCCUUGCGGCAAAAAGUAGUAGAUCUGAAGAAAAAUCUAUCAACCGCAGGUACUACAAGAUGUACGACGCGUGCCGGGAGAUGGCGGACAUCACAGACCAGGCGGUGGGCAUCUGCAUGAUUGACUUCCGGAAGCACCCGGAAUGCCUGAAAGAACAGGUUCGAUGCAUGCACGUCGCGCGGAUGCUGGUCUUGCUCCACACGGCGAAGGAAACCUAUCCGCCGAUCGAAUUUUUUGUGCCCCUCGCCUCCUGUUUCGGCGACAAAAGCCACGGGCUGCUGACCGCCGCGGAGGUGAAGAAGGUCCGGGCGGAGGGGUACAGCGAGCACCUGUGCCAGUACUUCACGAUCAAGGCGCUGAACGUGAUUUUCGCCGGCACCGCGAAGGGCAUCAUCAGCGAGCCCGGCGCCGCGAUGCGGUUGAACCACCUGAAUCAGAUGAUGGAGGCGAGCCAGAAAAUUAAGCGACUGACUUCCAUGCAGUACCCGCCGACCUACACCUAUUUAGUCUCCUCCACCGUUGGGAUUUCCUGUAUGCUGGAAAUCGCUUUCGCCUCCACGCGCGUUGGGCUCCAGUGGCGGCAAAUGAUGUUCUGGGAGUCGUUGGUGAUAACGCUAAUUCUGUUAGUAGCGCAGCAAGUGUGUCUUUUUGGAAUUUUAGGUGUCGCGGGGGAAAUGGUGGACCCGUUUGGGUCCGACAUCCGUGAUUUCCCGAUCCUGCACAUGUGCAUCGAGCCGCUGCAGCACACGAUGCAACUGCUGUGGCGGUACUUCCCUAUGCGGGAUGAUCCGGAGGCGAACGAGGGGUUCAUCAGCGAACUUGGGGAGGCGGAGCGGAAACGGCAGCGCGUGCUGAAGAAGCAGGAUUUGCAGUACCGCCACAACGCGGACAAUAUCGGCGAGUUUCACGAAUCCACGCUGAUGUCGCGGGAGAUGCUCUUGUCCGUCACGCCGGCGAAGCUGGGAGAGUAUUACAGCCGCGAGGCGGAAACGGUGCUGAACGCGCUCAAGGACCGAAUCAAAGAGCACCAAGAGGAAGCGGAGGAGGAGCAGCGAACCUUCCGAAGCAGACAAAAAAACAGAAGCAAGUAGGCAGCGAGUUGCUGUUGUUCAGGCGAAGGGGAUAGACUGGUUAACGCAUGACCGGGGCGGUGCUGGAUUAUGGAAAUUUAUGGCUUUUUCGAUUUUCAAAAAGAAAAAUUUGCAUACGAGUUUUCCUUUUUUGUUGUACAGGUGUUUCUAUCUAUGAGUUGUAUUUCGAACUUGCUUUCGACACUUCUACAUUAGUUGGCUGCCUCUUGUUGACGGUGUGCGUAUAACUCCAUGAUCUUCUACGUGUGUGUAACAAACUCCAUCUCUAGCGGCCUGAUAAGAACCCAAAACUGUGUUUCCACUCUCUACUGC